AUGAGCCGGGUUAGACGCCAAUAUCUGGGAUGUUUCCUAGCUGCCCUAGUGUCGGCUGUGAAGGAGGCAUUCAGGCGGUGUUGGAAGGCGUACAAGUCCAAAGCAUGGGAGGCAGACGAGCUCGCUCCCAUUAGCGGCACGCCACAGAAUGGACUUGGAGGCUGGCGCGCAACAAUCUUCGACAAUCUCGAUACACUGUGGAUCAUGGGCAUGCAUGCCGAAUUUGAAAAUGCAGUUAUAGCCGUCUCUCAGAUGAGCUUUGCGGACACUUCCUCGCCAGAGAUCAAUACACACGAAGUCAAUUCACGCUACCUUGGUGGUCUACUUGCUGCAUACGAUCUGAGUUCUGACCACAGGUUGCUACAAAAGGCGAUUGAGGUCGGCGAUAUGUUGUAUGCUGCCUUUGAUACCCCAAACCGGAUGCCGAUCAUCUAUUGGGAUCUUCACAGGGCUGCGCGCCAAGAGGAGCAAAUUGCCGAAGAAAUAGUAUCUGCUUCAGAACUCGGAUCUUUUAUCCUCGAAUUCACCCGCUUGUCUCAAAUUACAGGAGACCAGAAAUAUUACGAUGCAGCACAGCGCGUUAUGGCGGCACUUGAGCGGCACCAGGACUCUACCAAAUUGACCGGCGUGUGGCCUGUCGUUCUCAACCCCCGCACAUAA